AUGUUCGCUAUGAAGCAAGAGUUCAACAAUCUUUUAUCGAAGAAGAGGGAAUUUCUUUCACGGCAGAGAACGUCAUCGUUGCUCAUCAAUCCUUUGAAAACUGCGGAAAACGAUUUGAUACCCGAAUUUUCCAACUUCUAUCGUCGCUUAUCAAAUGCCCCAAUGGCUCCUGAAGAGCAUACUGCACAACUAUCACUCAUUGAGCAAGUCAUCCAGGAAUCAAUAAUCAUUGAAUGGCCUCGAUGCGUAGAAGGACUUCCGUCGUCAAGUGAAUCAGUGGAAAUUGAUAUGGCGCCAUUGAUCCAUCGCGCUAGAAGCGUGGUCAAGUGUAGGACGAGUCAUCCAACAAUGAAAAUAAAAGUGUGUGCCAUUAGCCAAGACAUUGAUGGCCCUCUGCUUCCGCAACCGAAAACUGUCGAGGCUUUUUUUCGUGCGUCGCUUGUGAAACUAUCACAUGAUGGCACUGAACCAAGGUCUAAUAAUUAUCAGCAAAAGUUGCCUUUAUCUUCCGAUGUUGUUAGCAUGUUAGCGCAUCUGCAUAGGGUUGCAUUCGUAUUUGCAAGAGCUGAAUUUAUCAAUCUGGUUUCUGCAAAGCGGAAAGAAUUCGUUAGUGAUAUUCGUAACUGA